GAUCAAUCUGCCAAUUAAUUUUUUACGGCGACGCGGCCAAACCCAUCGAUUCGCCUGUCCCCAAAUUCCACGCCUUCUGCAAAGCUAUGCCCCAGAAGAUACCAACAUGAUGAGGGGCAGGCUAUUAGAGAUUGCAAAGCAUCCGUCUGCGUGUUUGCUCUGCCGCUACAGACUGAGCCUUGCAACUCUCCGUUCCGCUGCGUCUCAGCAAUACUCUAGCUCGUCGUCGGGUACUGCGAGCUGGGGCCUGAGCUCGCCAUCCCCGACCCAGCCUCAAGAUUCGAGGCCGACAUGGGGCGCAUCGCAACACACUACGCCGGCGCCGGAGCCGGAGCCGGAGCCGGCUCCAACAAACAUACCGGAAGAGAAACGUCAUCCGUCCUCACCUCCGGAAUCAACCCCUAUUGGCCGUCGUAUUUUUAUUUCGAGGCCACGGCGUGAUCCCCGAGACCCGACAGAAACAGCGGAAAUGGCACAUUACAGACAGAAAGACCGCGAUAGAUAUUUGGCUUAUUCCAGAGACAAGCACCAGGUACCGCCCGCCGACGUGCUCCAGAAAUUGGAAUCUCCAUUAGGGGGUGUUCUUAAAGGUGCUGGUCCCAAUGUGCCGGCUUCUACGAAAACCCGAGAGCUGACGGGACGGCAACCGGAUACGGAGCAGCUGACCUGGGACGACGUGGAGAGUAGCAUAUUUUCUACAAUAUAUCAGCCACCACAGACAGCUCCUGCUCUACCGAAGAGGAGACCACCGAUCACGAGGGGCCUGACUGGCAAGUACCCGCCACAAGCACCUUGGCACGAAGUAGCCAACCGAAAUAAGUCACCAGGACCACCGCCUAGCUGGGAAGAUAUUGAGCGCAAACCACAUGGUAGCGCUACGUUACAAUCGAAACUGGCACUAGCACCAAAUUUGGGCGCAUUUCAAGGAAAUGUACAAAGAGAUAACCUGUCCCGUGCCCCAGCAAGACCGCCCUCCACCUGGGAUGAAAUCGAGCGCCAAGUGUCUGCCAGUGCUACGAAGAGACUUCCACCGGCACCGGACUGGGGACUAUCCAUCGAGCGACCAGGACGGCUUAGGGCAAAACCAACUUGGGAGCCACGAGGUAGCCUGUCCCGUGGCCCGAUAAGACCACCCAUCAGCUGGAGUAAAGCCGACCGCCAAGGGUCUGGCCGCGUUGUGAAGAGACUUUCACCAGCGCCGGACCUGGGACCAUCCAUUCAUCCACCAGGACACCUAAAGGCGAAGCCAGCACUAAGCUGGGAAGAUACUGAGCUACGAGAUGUCCCGUCCCUUCUUCCAAAACGACCACCCUCCAGCUGGGAUGAAAUCGAGCGCCAAGUAUCUGGCAGCGGUAUGGAGAAACUUCCACCGGCAACGGAUCGGGGACUGUCCACCAAGCCACCAGGACAGCCUGUGGCUAUGGGUCAAGGCUCUAAGUGGGAAGAUCUUGUGCGCCUAACAUCCAAUUCUGACAAACCAGAGAUUGGUUCGUCAGGGCCAAGUUCCUGGGACUGGGUGGAUAAACAUGCCGACGAAGUAAAGCCCCAACAUCGCAGUGCCAUUGGGAGCUUCGUAAUCCCGAGCCACUCUUUUCAUCGUGAGGAUGAUUCUGUGCGUCGGCGACGAGACCGCAAUGAUCGUGUCGCAAGCCUCGAGAGAACCACCAAAAAGGCAAGACCUCAAUACAGAAGCCAGGGCGGGGAAGAGGAUGAGGAUUUUGACGACGAGGCGUACAGAGAACGGCGGCGUCUCAAGGCAGAGAAGAAAGCAGAAAAGGAGAGGCAAAAGCAGUUAGAACUAGAGCAAGCUGGACCGAUUCCAAUCAUGUUGCCGCAGUUCAUCAGCGUGGCGAAUCUGGCGGCUGCCCUCGGGGUUAAGGUCGACUUGUUUCUUGAACAGCUGGGGGAGCUUGGGUUCCAAGACGUCAGCCGGGAACAUAUCUUGACAGGCGAAACGGCCGGCCUCGUGGCCCAGGAAUACGGGUUUGAGCCGACGGUGGACGAGGGCGAGGAGGAUGACCUCAAGCUCCGCCCCCCGCCCGAAGACCCUGCUUCACUGCCGCUGCGCCCGCCCGUCGUCACAAUUAUGGGCCACGUCGACCACGGCAAGACAACGCUGCUGGAUUGGCUGCGCAAGUCUUCCAUCGUGAGCCAGGAACACGGCGGCAUUACCCAACACAUUGGCGCUUUCUCGGUGACCAUGUCGACGGGCAAACCGAUUACCUUCCUCGAUACGCCGGGCCACGCGGCCUUCUUGACAAUGCGGCAGCGAGGCGCGCAAGUGACCGACAUUGUUGUCCUGGUUGUCGCUGCCGACGACAGCGUAAAGCCGCAGACCAUCGAGGCCUUGAAACACGCGCGUGCCGCCAAGGUGCCCAUAAUUGUCGCCAUCAACAAAAUUGACAAGGACGAUGCCAACGUCGAACGCGUGAAGUCAGACCUGGCAGCGCAAGGUGUAGAGAUCGAGGACUAUGGCGGUGACGUGCAGGUGGUUUGCGUCAGCGGCAAGACUGGCCUAGGAAUGGCCGACUUCGAGGAGAAUAUCCUCCUCCUCUCGGAGAUGUUGGAUAUACGUGCCGAGACAGACGGCAUGGCCGAGGGGUGGGUUCUCGAGUCAAGUAUCAAGCCCAUCGGCCGGGUGGCCACGGUCUUGGUGAAGCGGGGGACCCUCAGGCCCGGAGACUUUGUCGUGGCGGGCGACGUCGCCGCAAGAAUUCGCACGUUGCGGAACGAAGCCGGCCACGAGAUCGGUGAGGCCCCCCCUGGCACGGCAGUCGAGAUUCUCGGGUGGAAAGAGCCUCCCAACGCGGGCGACCUGGUCCUUCAAGCACCCAACGAGAACAGGGCCAAACGCGCCGCCCGCUACCGCAUCGAGCAGAAGGAGAGAGAAGAGGCCGUGUCACAGAUGACGCAGCAAGGGCAAGAAAGGCGGGAUCGUGAACAGGAGAAACGCGAGAAGGCGAUUGCUGAAGGCCGAGACAGAAGGGGCAGGGGUGCGCCGGUGCCAGCGCCAGCGCCGGCCGACGCCGAGGUCGAGGAGCCCAAGAUUAAGAUGGUCAACUUCGUGGUCAAGGGCGACGUACACGGGUCUGUCGAAGCCGUGUGCGCCUCGGUCCUAGAAGUCGGUAGCAACGAGGUCCGCCCGCGCAUCUUGCAGUCUGGGACAGGGCAGAUCACCGAAUCUGAUGUCGAGCACGCUGCGACGUCGGAAAGCUCCAUUAUCAAUUUCAACAACACGGUCCCGGCCCACAUCAGGCGCAUGGCUGACGACGCUGGCGUCAAGAUUCUCGACCACAACAUCAUCUACCAUUUGGUCGAAGAGAUUCGGGGCAAGCUGUCGGAAAUGCUCGAACCACUAGUCACGAUCAAGGUCGUGGGCGAGGCUGAGGUUCUCAAGCUCUUCCCCAUCAACCUCAAGGGCCGCGUGUUCAAAAAUAUUGCCGGUUGCCGGGUGAGGAACGGCCAGAUCACCAGGAACUCGACAUGUCGCGUCAUACGCGACGGUGAGGAGGUCUUCAAAGGGUCGAUUGAUACUUUGAAGAACGGCAAGAAGGACAUGGCCGAGAUGCGAAAGGGAUCUGAGUGCGGUAUCUCGCUUGAGGAAUGGGACGAGCUACGCGUUGGCGACAACAUCCAAGUGGUCGAGGAGAUCAAGGAGAAGAGGUGGCUGUAAGAAUAAUCUUGUACAAAUCUUGCAUGAUAGAUAUAGUAGAGGGCUGGGGUUGGUCCCAUCCGUGUUGUAUUAUUUAUGCUGUAGAUUAAAGAUUUCUAUUUGUGUUUUAACACCAAUAACAAACAUUCUACGACCUCGCAAGGUAGCGAAAUGUAUCUAUACCUACCUUAGUUAUACUUGUAUAUAUAGGUAUCUCUUCAAUUCAGACUU